UUCUUCUUGCAUUCCUCCUUGGUGGAUGAAAAAGUGGAUUUAACUUGCAAAAAUCUUUCUCUAACUUUCCUCGUAAAUAAAAUUGCGCGCAAAAAGCUUCAAAAUGCGACUUCAGUACAAUUCCCUGAGUGAUGAUCCCAAUUUCAAUUUGGAUAAACUCUUUCAGCGACAAAAUUGCUUUAUUGAAGUUAAUCCGGGGAAAGUGAUUUUGCCAAAGAAGUACAAUGAGAUUGGUGAAUCUAUUUUGGAUCUUCAAGUGCGCAAAGAUGAUAUCUUUCUCAUUUCCUACCCGAGAACAGGCUCAACAUGGGCUCAAGAAAUGGUUUGGCUACUUGGCAACAAUAUGGAUUAUGCUGGUGCAGCUCGAAUGCAAGCCUUGAGAGCUCCUCUUCUCGAGUUGUCUGCAAUCUUUUCUGAGGAUCACACAGAAUGGCUCAACAAAUCCAUUGGGAAUUCGGUGAGUUGCGUUGAUAGCCUGCCCAGUCCGCGUUUCAUAAAGACUCACCUCCCAUGGCAGUUGUUGCCCAAUCAGUUGGAUACUGUGAAACCCAAGAUUAUCUACAUUGCCAGGAACCCAAAGGAUCUCUGUGUGUCUUACUACUACUACUGCACCCUCAUUCAUGGUCUCAAUGGGACCUUUGAUGAAUUCUGUGAGUGUUUUCUGGCCAACAGGACACCCAUUGGUUCAGUUUGGGAGCACGUGAUGGAAUUUUGGAAGCGACGCAAUGAGCCAAACAUUCUCUUCCUCAAGUAUGAGGACAUGAAGCUCGACUUGCCAGGAACGAUAUGGAAGUGUGCCGAAUUCAUGGGAGUUGCUCACAAGAUGACCCAGGAGAAUGUGAGCCAAAUGGCGGGACAUUUAAUCUUCGAGAAGAUGCAGAAUAAUCCAGCCGUUAAUCUGGAUCCCAUUCUCAAUGCCGAUCAACCUGCUGAUAAAAAUGAGAAUCGGAAGAUCAAGUUUAUCAGAAAUGGAAAAAUUGGCGAUUGGAGGAACUAUAUGGAUUCGUACAUGUCAGAGAAAUUCGAUAAAUGGAUUGAGGAGCAUACUCGUGGGACCGGGCUUGAUUUUAUUUAUGAAUAACAGAAAUAUUUUAAAUAUUCUGUUCAAAUUAACUUUGCACCGAGGCUAGUACUACAAGUUUGUGACGUAGGAGAAAUGAUGUAGCCAAUGAGACUCGAAUUUAUCAGCCAAUCAGGAAAUUUUUUUUCUUUCAAAUAACCGAUUCUUUGAGUAAAUUGAGUAAAAUCUAUUCGAAGGUGAGGCCUCAGUGCAAGGUUAUUUUGAAUAGAGUAUAGGAUGAUUUUGUACUUUUUUUUAAUAACAAGUAAUAAAGGGAAGGUUUUAGUACAAAACAAUUAAAAUAUUCAGUAAAGAAUCCUAAGAAUUAUGGGAUCUUAGUACUCUGCGUUGAUACCACUGCU